UUUGCUUCUUUCUAAAGGUACCCACUGGGCCCUGCGCAGCCACGUCUUGCAGUCCUGGUUCUCGAUGCUUAGAGAGCCGUUCUGGAAAAGCUGUUUGUUUAAAAGAUGAGAAGUUGUAUCAGUUGAGAUCCCAUCAGCACAAACGAGAUCAGAAAAGAAACACACUUCAUGAAGCCUGCAGAGAGGGGGACCUAGGCCAAGUGCGACACGCCUUGACAGAAGCUCAAGAAGACAUCAACAGUAGAGAGGAUGAACACGGAAUGACACCAGUAUUGUUGGCAGCACGCGGGGGAUACAGGGAAGUGUUUAUGUUAUGCGUAUGUGCAGGAGGUAAUGUGUCGGUAGUUGAUCCUAAUGGUAACAACAUCUUACAUCUGGCUUUGAUUGGAGGACAUGUCGCGAUGGUGAAGUAUAUCCUCUCACAGAACCUUACGGACAUCAAAAGUAGAGGAAUAUACGGGAGAACACCUCUGAUGAUGGCAGCAUUAAAAGGAUACAUAGACGUAUUUGACUUACUCGUGAGUCAAGGAGGUGACGCUUCACUUGUGGAUACAGAUGAUGAAAACAUCCUACAUUUCGCUUGCAUUGGAGGACGUGUGGAGAUGGUGAAGUAUAUCCUAUCACAGAACAUUGCGGACGUCAACAGUAGAGGGAAAUACCGGAGGACACCUCUGAUGAAGGCAGUCGGACAUAGAAACGUGUUUGCCUUACUCGUGAGUAAAGGAGGUGAUGCUUCACUUGUGGAUAAGUUUUGGGACAACGUCCUUCAUAUCGCCAGCCGUGGAGGACAUGUGCAGGUAGUGGAGUAUGUCCUCUCAAACAACUUUGUCGACGUCAACAGUAGAAGGAUGUACGGGAGGACACCAUUGAUGGUGGCAGCAGGUGCGGGGCAUACAAAUGUGUUUGACUUGCUUGUUUAUAGAGGAGGUAAUGCAUCUGCAGUUGAUGAUAGGGGUUCUAAUAUCCUUCAUGUUGCCUGUUUCUUUGGAAAAGUGAAGAUGGUGAUGCAUAUUAUUUCACAAAAUAUUGUGGAGAUUAACAGCAGAGGAGUAUACGGAAGAACACCAUUGCUGAUGGCAUCAGCUAAAGGAAAUAUAGAACUUUUUGACUUCCUUGUCAGUAAAGGAGGUAACAUGUCGGUAAUUGAUGAAAAUAAUGACACUAUACUUCACACCGCCUGUCUUGAAGACCAUGUGGAGAUGGUGACGCAUAUUCUCUCUCAAUCUGUUGUGGAUGUCAAUGCCAAGAACAAGUAUGGGAUAACAGCGGCGAUGACAGCAAAAAAUAGAAAUAACACAGAAUCAUAUGUCCUCCUCAUGAAGAGGAUGGGGAAACAGCCUGACGUUUAA